AGAAAAAGAUGAUGUGUCUGAAAGAUUUACAUCAGUUUUUAGAUUUUUUUUAUAGAUUCGAUAUUACUUUUUUUGUAACGUAAUAUGCGUGUAUUUAUAGAGAAAACAAAUGUAACGUCAGGCGUCUGUGGAAGAACACCAUUAGAAGAAAUAUUAAUAACAAAACAGAGUUUCCCUUCGCUCUCUCUGUCUCUCUCUCUCUCCACUGAACAAUGGUUGUUCCUCCAAAACCCUCUCUGUAUCACCUGAGAUUUCUUACCGGAGACAAACCACUUCUGACGCUUGAUGAUGAGUUCUUACGUAAUCACACGAAGGUUUUGCUAACAUCAGACGCGUCGGACAAAAUUUGGAAAGUGAAACUGGACGGCAACAGGCUCGCCGGCGGCUGGGAAGAGUUCGCGGCCAUUCAUAAUUUCAGUGACGGAGACGUCUUGGUUUUCAGACACAAUGGAGACGAGACCUUUCAUGUAUCUGUUUCCAGUGAAUCUGAUGAUGAGUCUGAUGAUACUGAUGACAGUGAAUCUGAUGAGUCCGAUGAUGCAGAAGACGACGAUAAUGAUGAUGAUGAUGAUGAUGAUGAAGGGGACGUUUUGGUGGAAAAGAAUAAGAAACCAGAAGCAGAUACAUCACCAGGCGAUUCUUGUUUACUCAGAGCUAGUGUCACACCUUCUAGCCUCAUCGAUGAUCGCUUGUAUCUUUCUACAGAUUUUAAGUUCACAUCGUUUGACGAGCACAAGAAACCGUGUGAGAUAUAUUUAGCUAACGAGAAAGGAAGAAAAUGGACGCUGAUUCUUUCAAGAAAUAUAUCAAAUGGUGCGUUUAACAUCAGAAGAGGCUGGGCUAACUUUUGCUCAGCUAAUGGGUUAAGCCAAGGUGACAUCUGUAACUUCAAACUUUCUGAAAGUGGGGAAAGGCCUGAGCUUUUGUUGUGUUCACGCGAGUCUGGUAAUAAUGGCCAUGAAGACAAAGAAGAAGAAGAAGAAGAAGAAGAAGAAGAAUGCCCUAAAGCAGAUGCAGUGAAGAUAUGUUCUGUAGGAGGCUGCAGCAAAGAGAAGACAACAUCGGAGAAGAAUACUUCUCCUCGUUUUCUGACACUAGAGUAUACACCCAACCGUGUCAAGGCAGGGCAACUUUAUAUUUCAAUGGCUUCAUCGGGUUUCUUGUCUGAGAGUGGCAUUAAGUCUUCUGGGGAGAUAACUCUACUGGACAAGCAUGGAAGAAAGUGGCCAUCUUAUCUACAUAUGACAGGACAACGGGGACGUGAAUGGUUUUAUAUAAGAGGAGGUUGGAGAGAGAUGUGCAAAGCGAAUGAUGUUCAAGUGAAUGACUCAUUCGUGUUGGAGUUUAUAUGUGAAAAUGCAAACCCUAUUUUUAAGUUACACUCUAAGAUUGAAAACAAGGGAAAAGGAAAUCCUGUGGAAAAGACUCCAGAAGUGAGUAAGAGAGGACGCACUAGAGGUUCAAGCAGACCUAACACUAACUUGAAGCGCAAGCAACCAGAAUCUUGCUCAGUCUCCGAUCAAGUGGCUAACGUGAAACAAAGCAUUCAAGAUACUCUGAACAUCAUCAGACACUUCCGCGGAGAGCUCGAGACAAGGGAGAAGAAUCUGGAAGCUUCAUUACUGGAAGUUGACGACUUAGGUGAGAGGAUAUUGGGAAUCAGCAAAAUUCUCAGCAAUAAUCUGGCUUAAAGUAAAACUAAAUAGCAGGAAGAAAGAGGAUAUCAAAAGACUAUCUGCAUGCACUUUUUGAAUCAUGGUUUUCACAAGAACGGCUUCCUCUUCCGAACUACGUUAGGUUUUCUAAUUCAGUAUUUAAGACUUGCAAGUUCUAGAGACUGCCCAUUUUCUUAGUGCCUUUGUUCGGUUCCAGGGCUCACAAUGUUUGUAUAUUUGA